GAAUCAGAUGAACUGUUUCAAUGAGCAGAGUUCGUCGGGGUCUAAAGGUUGAUGGAAUGGUGUUGUAAAAAGAUUCUUUACCACAACGCGUUGUGGUUAUCAUUCGUAUGUGACGUAACUGAUUUUCGUUAGUGCAUCGUUUUAUGUUAUCGAGAUCAACGCGUAAUUUGGCGGGAUAAUCUAGCGACUGUGUUUGUCGCAGGACAACUAACAGUGACAGCUGACUAAUGUAACGAAUGCUCUCAUCUUGGCGUCAUUGCGUACGCUUGCACUUACUUCGUACCGCGAAGUAGGCCCGAUACACUGCGGAAGCAACAUAUAUGCAAUAUCGGAUCAGAUCGCUUUCCAAAGAACUGUACCGGAGCAGUUGCUCUGUAUCUAGCGAUCAUGGAACAAGUGAUCGCAUUAAGUACACAAAAUCCAUUGUCUUUGUUAGUUAAGUUUGGUAUGAUGGCUUGGAACAAUAGCUGUGGUACUGAAAAUUGUUCUGGUCAUGGAGAAUGUCAUAAUGGGACAUGUUUAUGUGAGAUCCAAUUUGAUGGGCCAGAAUGUCAUAUUCCAAAUUUAAGUUAUUAUAUUGCCUUUGCCACAAUGUUCUUUAUAUUAGCUUUCAUUUGCUUGAUACAACUUGUUAUGUGCAUUGUAGCUGAAUGGCAGAAAAUGAAGGCACCAUCAUUUUUAAGAGCCUGUAGGGUUACCACUCAAAAAGUAUUAUAUUUUGUGGUUUUCCUUGCAUCAGUUAUGCGAGGCGCAUAUUUUACAUCAUCAACUGCUUUCAAGGAAGGAUGGUCCAGAAGUCUACUGUCAGCAUAUUACCCACUGCUCCUGAGUGGAUCUUCAUUAAUUGUUUGUUUUUGGGCUGAAGUUGUUCAUUUGAGAGACAUUCGAUGGGACAAGCCUCAAUUUUUGUCAAAGUCCUUCUUGGCUUUUGUCAUUUUCAAUAUAAUAACAUAUUCUCUUUUAUUUGCGGACUUUAUCACAGCUCAGAUGUAUUCACAAAAAGAUCAAAGCUUUUAUACACACAUUUUCAAUGGUUGUUAUGCUGUGUUGCUAUUUAUAGUGGUGGUUUUCUUCUUGAUAUACGGAGUUGAAGUAUUUUUCAAAAUUCGUGGUGGAUUUUUAAACGAAUAUCAAGUUGCUUCCAUAGCAACAAAUAAACGUACACCUGACGAAACAAAAGUUCAUCCUGAGGAACAAGUAACUGCAAAAUUGUUUGAUCCAGUUCCAUCUACGUCUACGUCAGAGCCUUUGCAUAUGCAACAAGUGAACAUGUCUCAAUUGCAUCAAUCUAGAUUUGGAUUAGUCUCACAAGCGUUUAUGUUGUUUAUAAUAGUUGGCUUUUUGUGCAGUGAGACUCUCAGCGAAUUUUGGAAAGCAAAAGUACCAUUAUACAGCAGAAAUUGGCAUGAUGUCGUGUUCCGUGUUAUUGAAGUUGGUGUAGCGCUGUGGUUCCCCUGUGUCUUAUGGAAUUGUAUAAGUCCGGAACAAUUGUGGAUUCUAAAUCCAAAGCGAAUUUUGAAAAAAUUGGAUCUGGAUCAAGGGAAGCAUACAAAGGAGAUAGAACUGCAAGAGAAAGGAUCUCAAGACACAGCAUUUCUUACGGAUGCAACGUCGAUUAAUAGCAAGGACUGUUGGAUUUGUUACGACAGUGACAGACAGGAUGCUGGCCCGUUGAUACAACCAUGCCAAUGCAGAGGCGACGUAAGCGCUGUACAUCACGAUUGUCUUCGCCGUUGGCUGGUUGAGAGUUCUGUAAAUGCUGAUAGCCUAACUUGUAAAGUUUGUGGCACGAAUUACAACGUUGAACACGCGAGUCGAUUGGAUUGGCAAAACGGUUUAACUUCACGACACUGCUUACAAACUAUCGUUAUUGUUACAACGAUGUGUGCGUCCUCGGCUGCUUCGUGGAUAGUUAUUCAACUUGUAGAGGCACCCAUUAUCAAAACGAUCGCUGCUGCUGCUGCACUGCUGAUCAUAUAUGUUUGCAUAAGAUUCUUGAGUUUAAAUACCGUUGUGGCGUAUCAACGGGCUAAAAUUUCAUCGUUGAAUAUCGUUAACAGCAGCAGUGAGAGUAGCGGGAGUAGUGCGCACGUUGCGACAAUUAGUCAUACGAUUUCCGUAGACUUGACAAAGUCAGAUAUGGCUACGAUAUAA